GACUCACUUUGUUUUGUUUGAAUUUUGGAGCUACUAGAACUUCCUACUGCAUUGGUGAUUUAAAGAAAAAACAACAAGCCCUCACUCUCCCUAACCUUUGUGCUAAAUGUUUAGAUAUAAUUUGUUUAUAUAGCAUAAGGGAGGAAUUUCUUCAUUCUAAAUGAAAUGAGCAGCAUCAUUAGAAGUUCCCGGGUUAACCAGACUUUAGUCCUGAGGAGGGUUUUAUAGGAAGUGAAAGGCUGUUCAUCUGACCCCUUUGUGCCAGAAUUGUACCUCAGCAGGAGGUAGUUGCAGCUGGAGGUGCUGAGGAAAUGAUUGCUGACCCAGGCAGAUUUCCAUGCUACCUUUUACCACUGCAGCCAGAGAUGUGUACUGCUGAACAAAUAAUUGAAGAAGUUGUGUGGUUUAGGUCAUGUUGGAACUAGCAAAAAUCUCUGAAAUCUGCUCUACUAGCAUUGCUGUUAUCAGUAAUCACAGGGAAUUGUUUUACUGAGUUUCACACCAAACUUGAUACCAUCACAAUUACAUUUUGGAUGUACUUGAGUUGUCUGUGUUUCAGCUAAUAGCGUUAUGUACUCCCUGGGAGAUGAUGAUGCAACAAAUCAGGUGGCUGGAGAUAAUUAGAAUUUGCAUGUGACUCUGGCUUUCCCAUCUUUAUGAAAAUGAAUGGGAAGAGAGGUUAAUCACCACGAAUAAACUGCAUGUCAGCAAGCUCUGAGCAAGGUGCUGCCCUUAGAGCACACUGUUGCUCUAGUAGACUGUUUUUGGAUGUGUUUCCAGCUGUUAUUAGGGGAGCAGUCUCCAGUUUGGGUGGGAGUGUCUCAGCCUGAAGCGUUUGUCCUAUCUUUUGUAUUGGUUUUAUUUCUUCAAUUAAUGGUUUGAGUUGUUAAAUGAAUUGGAGAGUGAAGCAACACCCUGUUAUCUUCUUGUCAUCUUUGUCUUAGCCCAGUGCGUGCUGCCUGUAGGCAUGUAGCAAAGUGAGCUUGUGCAUGUUUUUAAAUGGCCCUGUGGAGUGGAAAGCAACCUGUCAGCAUGCAAAUGAGGCUGAAUUGUAUGUUCUUGACACCCUUGCAAAAAUCUUGUAUUUGGAAUCUUUUAGCUUCAGAAUUGACCAGAGGGUGUUGUGCCCCACACUGGAAGCAGCACUUCUUUAUGUCUGUAGCAUCAGUAUCUUUGUUAUGUGCCUGACCAGUCCAGAUUUCAUGGUGUUGCUCUAGUACCAGGUUUCAUUAGUUUUCUGGUCAUGUUCUACUAAUAGCCAGAUGGUAUAGCGAUACGUUUUUCCUUUACUUAAUUUAUCCAGAUUUGAUUAUCCAUAUUUUACAGGGUUUUUAAUUUUGAAAAAUAAUUAGUAGAAGACUGAUUAAGUACAGAUAUAUAUCUGGGUGUUUGUUGUAUUUAAAUACAUGAAUAGCAGAUAUGACAUGUCCAGGAUUGCUAGGUAUUUGAAUUUGGAGAGGGAGUUAUUACUCUCCUCUGUACCCUCUUUGGCAUUUUUAGGAGUUCCUGUGUUAUAACGUGUCAUAAAACUUAUAUUUGGAGGAGAUAACUGAAAAGUUACCAAAUACUGGUGGUUUUGGAUAUUCAAAAGUCCUUUAUGGAUUUUGAAAGGUAAAAAUGAAAGUUAAGGAGUUAUGCAUAUCUCAAUGUUUUACUUUUUUGUGCUUUUUCCUAUUGUUUUGGUUUCUAGGAAUUGGUAGCCAUCCAAAUGGCUCCUACAUGGCUCUGCACCCUAUUAAAACGGAAUUGUGGGAGGCACCUCAGUGAAGAAAUGGACCAGUGUGUAUAAUCAUGGAAUCUCCUUGCUGACAAUCACCACCUGCUCUCCUUGAUAAGUGAGAGAGAGUAGUCAGGGGAGAAGGAAAAGAGGUCGCCAUGAAGCUAAAGCAGCGAGUCGUGCUGUUAGCAAUUCUCCUUGUCAUCUUUAUCUUCACCAAAGUUUUCCUGAUUGACAACUUAGAUACAUCAGCUGCCAACCGGGAGGACCAGAGGGCCUUUCACCGAAUGAUGGCUGGCUUGCGGGUAGAGCUGGUGUCCAAGCUGGACCACACCUUGCAGUCUCCCUGGGAGAUUGCAGCCCAGUGGGUGGUUCCCCGGGAAGUGUACCCUGAAGAGACACCAGAGCUGGGGGCAAUCAUGCAUGCCAUGGCCACCAAGAAAAUCAUUAAAGCUGAUGUAGGUUAUAAAGGGACACAACUGAAAGCCUUACUGAUACUUGAAGGAGGACAGAAAGUUGUCUUCAAACCUAAGCGGUAUAACCGAGACUAUGUGGUAGAAGGGGAACCUUAUGCUGGUUAUGAUAGACACAAUGCAGAGGUAGCAGCCUUUCAUUUGGACAGGAUUCUGGGUUUCCGCCGAGCCCCCUUGGUGGUUGGCAGAUUUGUUAAUCUGCGGACAGAGAUCAAGCCUGUUGCCACGGAGCAGCUCUUGAGCACCUUCCUAACUGUAGGAAAUAAUACUUGUUUCUAUGGGAAGUGUUAUUAUUGCCGAGAAACAGAGCCAGCCUGUGCUGAUGGAGACACGAUGGAGGGGUCUGUCACGCUUUGGCUUCCAGAUGUGUGGCCUCUACAGAAACACCGACACCCAUGGGGCAGGACUUACCGAGAGGGCAAAUUAGCCAGGUGGGAGUAUGAUGAGAGCUACUGUGACGCUGUGAAGAAAACGUCCCCUUAUGACUCUGGCCCUCGCCUCUUGGACAUCAUUGAUACAGCUGUCUUUGAUUACCUGAUUGGCAAUGCUGACCGCCAUCACUACGAGAGUUUUCAAGACGAUGAAGGCGCUAGUAUGCUCAUCCUUCUCGAUAAUGCCAAAAGCUUUGGGAACCCCUCGCUGGAUGAGAGAAGCAUUCUUGCCCCUCUCUAUCAGUGUUGCAUCAUUCGGGUUUCUACCUGGAACAGACUGAACUCCCUGAAGAAUGGUGUGCUGAAGUCUGCCUUAAGAUCUGCCAUGGCCCAUGACCCCAUCUCCCCAGUGCUCUCUGAUCCUCACCUAGACGCUGUGGACCAGCGGCUCCUGAGUGUCCUGGCCACCGUGAAGCAGUGCACUGACCAGUUUGGGAUGGAUGCAGUGCUGGUGGAAGACAGGAUGCCUCUCUCCCACUUGUAAUUCUCCACAAAAUAAGUGAAACUUCUUUUUACAAAGAUAGAGAAACAGCACAAUCAAUUCCGAAUGGUAUGAGGUGGAUUGGAAAUGGCCAGCAGCACAUUCUGGUGAUAGGGGACAGGGUGGCCUUGGUGUUUGCUGUAGUAGAAGUUGAAGCAAAGACUACAAGUUUCAGACCACGGAGCUGUACCUGCUGAACCACCUUCUGACUUCCUCGGCGUAUGCCCAUUCUAGCAGUGGGCGUCACGGUUGGUCAGUAUUAAUUCUCAUGCCAAAGGACAAAUUAGAGGUGUGAUAUUUGAAUAGAUUAAUGUUGGGGUUGGUUCUGGAGUAUGUGUUUUGAGUCCAUCCUUAUAAUCCUUUCUCCACACUUGUGGAUUUUCUGAAAACACUUUGUAAUCUCUGAGUCCUUUCUUACCAGGACUAGUCAAAUUGGAAAUUUUACUGCUUCCUAAGGAGUGGCAGCAAGUAACCCAGCAUUCUGUUGAGCCAAAGUAGCAUGCUCUGUUGGAGGGACUAUGUUUUUAAGAUAGAAUUAGAGGAAAGACAAAAGCAAGAAAGAUGUUUGGGCUUUUAACUGAGUAGGUGGUGCUUUUGAUGAUUCUUAAAGGAGGGAAGAAGAGAGAGAGACCUACUUGGUGGAACCAGAAUCAAGGCGGUGAUUGAAUUAGUGAAAAACAGGUUCCCCUGUAUUUAAGUUCUUAACGUAUAUAAAAGCAAGCAUGACUUGUACCUAAGUAAGAUUUGCAUUCUCAUAAUUGUGUCCAAAUUAAUCCAAAAGAGUGUCCCUGGAGAACCUACCAUUACAACCCAAGCACAAUUCUGUUAUGGAGACUUUUUUUUCCUUUUGCCCAGAGCAGGCAAAUCCUUUGCAAAUUAUCAAAGCAAACUGAAAUAACAGCUUGAAUAAGAGUUAGGUUGCCUGUCUUCUCUGCCAUCCUGAUUUCUAAAAUGAAUUUCCACUUCUGUCUUCAAGGCAUUUGGUCAUUAAAGCUGCUGUUCCCAAGAGAUUGGCGAUCCUACUUGUGCCUUUCUUGUGAGGAAAGCCAGCUCGCUCCUACGGAUAAUAUAGUUUAGAUCCUGCUGGUGGCUGGACCUAUCUUGUGAUUUGGGCCAUGUGGAAGGCUGGAAACAAAGAUUUUAAGCCUUCUGAGCCUUAAAAUUAAGGUGGUUACCAGGAAGAGCCUUAAGAUUUUGAUUUAUGUCAAACCCUGAUUUCAUCAUUUAAUCUUGUUUGGAGUUCUGAACCCACGAUGUAGUAUUGUCCUUCCGUCUCCUAUUAGCACAUUCAAAUUUCAAGUUGCUAAAACAGGCUUAGUUCUGUGUUCUGCCAAAGCGAUUUGACAUAUAAGCACUUGCAUUAAAAUACAGGGCAGAGGAAACUAGGCCUGGUGUGCCCACUCACGUGCCCUCAGAGGUGGGUGCUUCUCUCCUGCAUUUUGUCUGGGGACUGUUGCAGUUUUGACUUCCGUGAAGCAGACACUAAUAUUUAAACAGUGUGGUUAAACAAAUUUACUGCCAGCUAUUGGAGACCAGUUUUAGGUAGCCACCCUUUCAAAAAUAGUUUAGAAUUUAUGCCCCAAUUUUCUCAAAUUGAAAGAUAACUGAGUACCCCAAAACUAAUUUAAAGUAACAUGACCGGGCUUCCCUGGUGGCGCAGUGGUUGAGAGUCCGCCUGCCGAUGCAGGGGAUACGGGUUCGUGCCCCGGUCCGGGAAGAUCCCACAUGCCGCGGAGCGGCUGGGCCCAUGAGCCACAGCCGCUGAGCCUGCGCGUCCGGAGCCUGUGCUCCGCAACGGGAGAGGCCACAACAGUGAGAAGCCCGCGUACCGCAAAAAAAAAAAAAAAAGACAACACUUAAAGUAACAUGAAAUUAGGACGCUUUUGUACUUAGUAUGUACAUUUGGCGAUGUACACAGAAUGGGCUGAGUUAUUUUUAAAAAGCUAUUGAAUUUAAGAAGACAGGUAGUAGCACAAAACACUGAGCUAGUGUUAACAAAAGGAAGCAUUAAUCCCAAUUUAAACUCAUUUACUAUGUGCAUCCAGGGAAGUUCACAUUUGAGCUUGAGAAUACCUUGGAUGGUGCUUACCUCAGAGCAUCAGGGAGCCAGCUGGAGGGACAGUGGGAAGGAAGUCAACGCUGCUCUCCUUGGUAAAUGUUAGCUGAACUAAAUUUCUUGCAAACAUGUGAUACCUUCAGUAUGCCCCAGUGAAAUGAAUAAGAGCUGUUCCCAAACUGGGAACUUUAUUCAUGAUGUUGAAGGCAGAAGAUUCUGCUAAGGAAAAAAGUAGGAGGAAAAGCUACUUUGAAAAAUGCCUCAUUCUUUUUCCCAAACAUUGCAGAAAAUGUAUAAUCUCAUUCUCUUUCCCUAUUUUAAAAUUCAUGAUCUUAAAAGGUGUUCAAAUGUAUAGUGGUUAAAGUUAGAAUUAUGCUAAUAGAGUGGUGUGAACUGAUGCUUAGAAUAUAAAUUUAUCUUCUAAGUCAGGAUCGGAUUAAGCUGCAAAAGUACGUUUAGAAUCUUGGAAAAAACCAACCAUAAGCUUAUAGCCCUAAAAUUCAUAAACACUAAAUUCUGUUUCAAAAAAGAGGUAGAUAUCUUUUUUUUUAAGUUUUGUAACACUGUCCUCUUUAUGGUUUAUCUUUUAGAAUCGAGGACUAUUAUAAUCAAACAGGGGUCAUUGGAAGGGUUUUUGAUCAGUCCUAACCUGGGCAUGCCUAGCUAACAUCUAAAGGUAGAUGUGGGUACAUUUUAAUAUUAUAAAACUAAGAAAAUCAGAACUGAGUACCAUUUCCUACCCCCCUUCUUCCACUUCUUAAAUAUUGGGUUGCCCAAAAAGUUCAUUCUGGUUUUCCACACCAUCUUACAAAAAACCUGAAUGAACUUUUUGGCCAACCCAAUAUAUUUAUUCCAUAGUUUGGGCGAAUAUGGGUAUAGAGGUUUCAUUCAAGAAUUGUCAUUUGGGCUUCCCUGGUGGCGCAGUGGUUGAGAGCCUGCCUGCCGAUGCAGGGGACACGGGUUCGUGCCCUGGUCCGGGAAGAUCCCACAUGCCGCGGAGCAGCUAGGCUAGGCCCGUGAGCCAUGGCCGCUGAGCCCGCGAGUCUGGAGCCUGUGCUCCGCAACGGGAGAGGCCACAACAGUGAGAGGCCCGUGUACCGCAAAAAAAAAAAAAAAAAAAAAAAAAAAGAAUUGUCAUUUAAUAUGAAGCUAUAUUUUGGGUUUUGGGGGUAAAUAAUUUUCUGUGCAAAACAUUAAUAGGAUCUGAUUUACUCAGUAUUGCUCAAUAAUUUAUUAAUAAGGCAUUUCUCCCUAUUUGCACUCAGGAUUAAUAUGUCAAAUGAAAUCUAAUAAGGAAAUGGGAGAAUUCAGGUACAUCCUAUUAUUUUGGGAAAGAUGAAUCCUAUACAUGGCAGAAAUUCCAUGUCACCUGAAGGCAACAAGUUCUUCCAAAGAAAUCCAUCUUUUCCUUUCUUUAAAAAAAAAAAAAAAAAAAAGACUUUU